AGAGAGAUCCUGCUUCCCAUGAUGACCGAUCAGCUCAAGUACCAUCUGGAGAGACAGGAGGACCUGGAGGCCUGCUGCCAGCUGCUGAGUAACAUCCUGGAGGUGCUGUACAGGAAGGACGUGGGGCCGACCCAGAGGCAUGUCCAGAUAAUCAUGGAAAAGCUUCUCCGGACAGUAAACCGAACUGUCAUUUCCAUGGGACGAGAUUCCGAGCUCAUUGCUUUGCCAGAUGUCCCCUGGGAGGCAAAACCACCCUUGGUUGAGAAGCUCUGCAGUAAGGAACGUGCUGAUGUGGCGUCCCGCUCAUCUCUGCCUUGCAGUUUCUUCUGCUGCUCCCAGACAAGGUCUCCAGGUGACCCCACUCUGCUUGUGAAGAACCUGGUCCUGUCUGGGAUGCUCUGUCUGCUUUCGCUCGGGAGAAGAACCUACUGGCUCCAAGACUGUGUAGCCUCUGGCUUUUUCACUGUUCUUGGUAACUCUGAAGAUCUUUUUAGAGGGGGUUUUUGGGGGGAGGUGUAUAUUAGAUAUAUAACUAUUCAAUUAUAACGUUUUUUUUGAUAAUUUGGCAGAUCACUAAAAUUAUUCUUCAGUCUUACUUUUUAAAAGUAAAUGAAGUCAUAAUAUCUCUUACUGCUCUUACAUU